AAUUAAUAUGCACCAAUAUAGACAACUACUAGUUGAGAAAGAUGAUUACAAGAGUGUAGGGAUGAAGCUUUCAUGGCAUAAUCUUACUUACACUGUUAAGACCAAAAGCAGAGUCUAUAAGAACUCCAACUCCAAAGAGAAAACCAUACUCAAACUUCAAAGUGGCUCCAUCAAACCAGGCCAAGCCUGCUUCAUCAUGGGCUCAUCUGGUGCUGGUAAAACCACUCUUCUUAACGCUCUCUGUGACCGCCUCACCAACUCGAAGUCUGCUAAGCUUCAGGGACAAGUCCUUAUAAAUGACACACAUUCUGUUAGACAGAGCAGCUUCGGUAAAUAUGGAGCAUACGUGAUGCAAGACGACGUGUUGUUUCCGACACUGACUUGUGAAGAAGUUAUUACAUUCUCAGCUAGACUCAAGCUCAUAUUGCCACCACAUCAGAUCUCUACCAGAGUGAACACAAUCAUCGAAGACCUGGGCCUCAAUAAUUGUAGACACACUUUCAUUGGCAAUCAGCUAAUCAAGGGUUUGAGUGGCGGAGAGCGCAAACGCACAGCCAUUGGCAUUGAACUGGUGACAGACCCUCAGAUUUUGUGACUAGACGAGCCUACUUCAGGCCUAGACAGCUUCACAGCUCAUAAGAUCGUUAAACUGCUGAUAAGCCAGGCAAAGCUAGGCAAGACUGUCGUAGCCACCAUUCAUCAACCAAGCUCCCAAACAUUUGGGCUCUUUGACAAGCUUAUCCUACUCAUGGAUGGCCACCAGAUAUACCAGGGUGCUGCUAGUCAGUCUGUUGAAUACUUUGAAUCAAUUGGCUUUAAUGUUCCAAGCUAUUCAAACCCAGCCGGCUACUUUUUACAAAAAUUCUACAUGCCAUUCAACAAGUCAGAGGAGGACGUCAGCACUCUGGAAAUCUUAACGGAGGCUUACAAAAACAAGCUCUCUGAUAAAAAUGAAAUGACCAAACAAAUCAGGGAGAAUGAUACCGGUCUCGAAGAAGCCGAUGUUAAUGAGUUCAAAGAAUACCACAGUUCUGUCUCAUUUUGAACUGAGCUGAGGGAAUUAUUAAGAAGAACUGUGAAAAAUACUUAUAGAAACCCUACUCAUCUCAAGCUCCGCUUUGUAGCCUCUGUCAUGAUCAGUGUUAUCGUUUGAUUUUUCUUCUGGGAUCUUUCUUAUGAUGCCAAAGGAGUAAAUAACAAAAUAGGCUUUAUGUUCUUCAUGAGCGUAGACCAGACCAUGCAAGCUUUGUUUUCAGUUGCAAUGAACUUUAUCGAUGAGAGACCUAUUUUCUUGAGAGAAUAUGCCAGUAAGAACUAUGGGAUCUGGAGUUACUUCCUAUCAAAGUCAGUUAUUGAGGCACCUUUCCAACUUUUAUUUCCCUUUUUGGCAUCUUUGAUUGUGUAUUUUGCAGCAGGAUUGACUCCAGAAUUCGAUAAAUUAAUGAUCUUCUCAUGUAUUUUAGUUUCAGUAGUGUUCUUCGGUACAUCUCUGGGCUUCGCAAUAGGAUGCUCAGUGACAGAUCCAAUGAUGGUCACAACAAUGGUCAUAUUUUUACUUGGCCCUAUGCUCUUUUGAGGUGGAUAUUUUGUAAAUCUACACCAGAUUCCUGUCUACACGAAAUGGAUCAGCCAUUUAUCUCCAAUAAGAUAUUGAGGUGAGGCUUUACUACGCAAUGAAUUUUUGGACAACCCAAGAUAUGUUCACGAUCCAACACUUUUCACUAAUUUUGGAUUUGAGCUAGGGCUUACUAAAUGCAUCUAUAUCCUUCUUGGACUAGGAAUAGCCUUUCGCGCAGUUGGCAUCAUAAUGCUAAGACUUGCUGUUGUAAAGGUUCAAUAAUUUCUAA